AAGUCCUCAGCCAGUAUGCAAAGGUCCCCACGCAGUAAGACCAAUAGCACUGAGAAUGCAUCAAAGCAGAGGGUUGCAAAAAAUUCCGAUCGCAAUGCAAACUCUACCACUACAUCGCCCACAUCCAAUCUCGGCAGCAGUACUUGCUCCCAGCAGGCUGCACCUAUGCGAAUACCAUCCACAAAACGCUCCAAGUACUCAAAUGAGGAAAGCCAACCCUGUGGUGAUGUGUACCACGAUGAAAAUUACAUGGAGUUUGAUUUCAGUACUCGAGAGGGUCCUGGUCGGGAGUCUUGCCAAUUUAGGGAGCUCUUUCGUGACUUUCCAGUGUGUUACGAGGCAACAACAUUGCCUUCAAAUGCCUGUACGUCCUCAACGCCGGAUCAAAGUCAGCAACUGCAGCCUCCACCGUACAGAGAUCCUCCGCCGCCAACACCGCCGCCUUUAUCCCAGUUACCCUCCCGAAAUCCCAGAAAUUCCCAAAUAAGCGGAGUACAGUCAUGUCCCUCCAGUCCCUUUCGUGGCAAGGUGGUCUUAAGUAAAAAGGAAAGGAAGGAAUUGAGUAAAUUAGCCAAACAGCAUGACAGUAACACCUCAUGCAGUACGUCAAACAUUAGAAAUUUGGAAGCCUGUGACUCAUCUUCUGCAUCCCACAAUAAUAGCCCCUACAAGGGAAGGGUCACGGAAUUGAAGAACUGCAUAGCUCGCAUUAACUCCAAAGGAAUAUUUGCUUCCCUACAUCGUUCAUCCCAGAAAUCCUUAAACGCUCAACAGCCCUGCGAAGAACCAAACUCAUCGAGUGAGGUAUCACCACCUCCACCUGCCCCCGAGAGUAGCCCUCCCGGGUCAAAUGCAUCCAACAACAAUGAUGCCGACUACACCGAAAAACUGAAGAAUCUUCCAGUAAGACAGAGAAAGGCAAAUACCUCGCACAUGGACAACUACUGUCUAUUCGACCCUAUGGAUUUUGUCAACGAGAAGACACUGCGAAGACGUACUCACGAUUCCCUGCAUAUGCAUGUUCCUCUGCAACAACAAAACCACGGCCUGAGAGAUCCACUCUUUAGUUCGAGGCAAAAUUUAGAUUUUAGCGAAGAAGAAUUGGUACCAGAAGUCAUUUACGAUCAAGAAGUUGAAGUGUCCGAUGCCAGGCCGGAGGAGCCGCCAAAAAAUUUCGAUCAUCACAACUAUUUUGUCAUCGACCCAGAUGAUUUCGAAAAGGAACCUCCCAUGGACAUUGGUAUACCCAAUCCCUAUACAAAUGAACAAAUAGUACAUGCGAACUUAACGUCUGUCCAGCACACCUAUGUAAAUAAUACCGACUCACUGAAAGCUUCCGAAAGUCUCGAUAAACUCCUCAAUGCGUUUGAGACCGCGCCCAGUAUGUCCAACAGCCAAGAAAGUAAGGACACCUCGAACUCGACUAUCACUACCACAUCUACAGCCUUAGUUGAGUCCUCCACCUCAACGAAUUCCAACAGCUCUUCAUCAUCGAACACAUCUUCGCAGACAACAUUGCAGAGAACUAAAAAGAAAUUGACGUUCUUGAAUCUCUCUCCGUUUCGCUCCCACAAAUCUUCGCACGAUGGCAAGUCUAACGAUAACCAAAAAUCGGGUGCGUCAAACACACAACAACAACAACCGCGGGCCGUAUCGGAACUCGUCGAUUCGAAACACAUGUUCCAUUUACAACAAAUGCUUUUGAGUGCCGACAAUGUUUUAAACGAUAUGCGCUCACAAAACGAAACAAUCGAGUUAAACUAUGUGCUCUUUAAUCCGGGUCCGGUUCCUAGUCGUAAUAUUCAGUAUAAAAUUCGAAAGCCCCGACCGCUGUCAACUCACAGCGAUGCGGAUAGUGGCUUCCUUAGUCCGUGCUCGCCAGAGGAGUUUACAUCGAUAAAAUCGAAUCCAGCCAUGUUAGUGUUGCAGCAGUGCGAGAGUAUCCAGGGAUACAUUGAGAUCUACACCGAUUGGGCAAACUACUAUCUAGAACGCGCCAAAUCUAAGAAAAAAGUAACCGAUUUGUCUGCUGACUGUCGCGAUGGCCUACUAUUGGCCGAGGUGAUUGAGGCGGUCACUUCGUUUAAAGUACCGGAUCUUCACAAGAAGCCCAAAAAUCAGCAGCAAAUGUACGACAACGUCAAUUCUUGUCUCAACGUCUUACGCUCCCAAACGGUUUCUGGCCUCGAUAACAUUACCACCAGUGACAUUUGCUGUGGCCGAUUGAAAGCUGUUCUGGCAUUGUUUUUUGCUUUAAGCCGAUUCAAACAACAAUCGAAGCAGGGGAAGCCAAACACAACGUCUGGUUUAUCGAUAAAAGCCGAUAUCCAUCAGCAACCGAAUACAACAACCACAACACAGUGCGCGGAGAAGACCACAUCGUCGGCGAAUUCAACUUCCACCAUUCAAAAUAUCCAAAACGGCAAUGACAGCAUGGUGAAUAGACAAAUUCCCCAAGCUUACACCAAGGCCAAUGGAACUGCCAUACCGUUGCCUGCGACUGUUAUGGUACAGAGACGAUGUCCUCCAGACAAAGUGAGACCUUUACCCCCAACUCCGAAUCACGCUCCAUCAAUACCAGGCUUAGGAAAAAGCGGCAGCGAAUUCAAUAACUCCCGUCCAAACAGUCCACCGUCUAGCAACCACACUAUUCAAAAUCUGAAAAGUGGGAACAACAAUGGCCUUAGACAGCCUUCAAUUAAGUCGGGAAUCCCCGCCCCUGGCUCAGCACUGCCCACCGUUACGGGCCAACAGAAGCACUCUAUGCUCGACAAACUUAAAAUCUUCAACAAGGACAAGCAACCACUGCUGCAACAGCAGCAGGGCCAACAACAAACCACCCUAAUUAACGCUAACAAAAACCAAGUGCAAUCUAAGAGGACAUCGUCGUCUUCGGGUUUCUCGUCGGCGCGUUCUGAACGUUCGGAUUCCAGUUUAAGCCUUAACGAUAGUCAUAUCUCUCAAAUAAAACCACCCGCAAUAGCUGUAGCAGCAACAAAUAAAGCCAGGGAGACCAAAGCAAGUGCCAAACAAUCUAAACUCCUGCAGGCACAAACCAAAAAAGAGCAAGUAAAGAAUGCCUCUAAAACAGAAAAGAAAGAGAAAAGCCCCGCCAGAUCGCUGAAUAGGGAAGACAUUAAUGUUGAUAGCAAAACAUCGACUUUGAGCCGCAACAAGAAUUCUUUGCCCCGUGGAAAGGAUUCAUCCCUGAAGCCAAACACUAAAUCGAAUUUGACCAGCAAAUCAGAAUCCAAAACGUCCCUUAUUAUACCGCCUUCAAAAUCCCUGAACAGCUCAAAUUGCAUCGGCGGACUUCCUAAACCAAUUGCUGCCAUAAAGGGCACCAGUAAGUUACCCCAUUCCCCUCUGCAAAAUGAUAAUAAGGGCCGACUAAGCAGCCCAAACUCCGCCCAGGAAAUGAUUAAAAGAGAGAAGAGUGACAUAUCGUCCACAUCAAACAUAUCACAGCAACAAACCCCAAGCAAUCACUCGACACAGCUACCCACACAUAUCGUAAAGCCAGUACCCAUGGCCGAGGUGCAUCAAAAUCAGCAAAGGUCACCAUAUUAUGCGAACGCUCAACAUAUACAGCAACAACAGACACUUAUUCAACCACAGCAGCCACCAUGUUCUAUCCAGGAACCGACUUACAACCGCUUGCCACCACCUAAACCAAGCGCCAUAGGCACCCCAACUGCAUUGCGAAAACUCGAAUAUAAUUCCGGGCCGAGCGUCUUGCAGCCACAACAACAUUCACCCCUUCGAUCAUUGACACCUGCGGCCACCCAUUCUCAGCCUGUCACUCCUACUUCGCAACAAUCUCCACUUACCAAUGAAGGGACGCCCAACAAAUACCACACCAUUCCCUCCAAAAUCGUUGGCACCAUUUACGAAGAAGACAAGCCGGUCAGUGUGUUACCUAUGCGGCCGCUGCUAAGAGGCUACAAUUCGCACGUCACCUUACCCACACGUGGAGCCCGGGGCACCCACAAUUUCAUAUCGGAAUACUGUGAAAAUGACAUCAACCAGGGCUAUUGCAGUGAUGGCGAUUCGUUACGCUUUAGUAAUUCCAGACUGGGGCAUAGCUCUUCUCUGCAGGGCUCACCGAGAUUCCAUGACAUUGACAAUGGGUAUUUAUCGGAAGGAAGUAGUGGUAUAGGGUGCAGCCAGAAUGGACACCACAUACCGCAUGGCAAACAUUUCCUGAGUAUGAUGCGGGCCCGCAGCCAGUUGCCCACCACCAUUGAAGAGAGAAUACGCAACAGCCGUGGGAGCUUAGACAGUUUAGGCACAGGUGCCCCUUCAUCGUCGGCUUCACAAGCAAGUUCCAGUGUUGGAUCAAAUAAUAAAAUGGAUAUUACAAAUGGUCUCAAUAGUUCUGCCAGUAACAGUGCCAACAACAGUCCCCAACAUCACAAUAGUGGCAGCCCCUCUCAUCGCUCAUCACCUCGAAACGGUAAUAAUUGGUCAAAAAUGCCAGAAGCUUUGAAUGGACAAAAAUCCGAACACAAAGAAAAAUCAUCGCCUUCUAGACGGAAUGUAGGAAGUUCAUCUUCUAAGCAAAGUCCGUCCUCCUCAAGUCGUACUAAGGGCGUACCCCCCAGUUUCGGAUACGUCAAGCGUUCGAAUGGAACUGCCACGUCAACCGCAGAACAACAGAAUAUUGUCAUGAUGAUGAAUACCAUGAGCGGUUGUAGUCCACAAAACGGACGCAAUACAGCCCAUGUUUCGGCAGUGCCAAGAACUGGGGCACCUGGUGGACGCAAAAUGUCGGGAGGUGCGCAAACCCUGCCCCACGACGUGUCAAAAAUGCCGCCCACAACUCAACAUCGCAGCUAUUCUUUAACUGGUCCAGGGGCCACCCAACUCAGUCAAUGCAUACGUGAGCGUCUUGCUGGAUCGCAUAGCCUGCCCAAACCUGGUUCGGAUAUGCAUAUGUUUCAACACAGAUUAUCGAAUCGAUCUGCGAAAAUGCUGGAUGGUUCUUUAUCGGAUACGCAAACGUAUGCUGAGGUCAAACCGGAGUACGGAAGCUAUGCAAUGUGGUUGAAACAUAGCAAUACGGCGGGUAGUCGUCUGUCUGAUGGCGAUUCUCUGGAAAAUAUGCACAUAAACUCGCCCUCAAUGUCCAGACAUAAUCAAAAGCUGAUGCAACAAAGAGCCGUUGCAGCUGGAAAUGCUAACUGCAAUACGGGAGCAAUGGCUGGCACUGAAUCCCCGUACGUGCAGAGUCCACGCCUGAAUCGCAGUAAUAGUAUCAGAUCCACUAAAUCCGAACAAAUGUAUCCACCUAUGAUGUCCAGAGGAUCGGAAGUUGAAAUAGAACCUUAUUAUUGCCUACCAGUGGGGACCACUCAUAACGGAGUAAUUUCAGCUCAAAUGGCUGCAGCAGCCGCUAACGCUCAAUCAUCAACAGCUUCGGGCAAUACAGUUGCUUGGAGUCAACCAACAUCGCCUACACCCAUUAACCGUGGAUUUGCUGGACCAAUGUCACCCACUCAUUGCAAUGCUGCUGGAAUGACAAAUAUGAGUGGAACAUCGAGUCAAUCGACGAGUCAUCGCCUAACUUAUCCAAAGAAAAACGAUGAAGUUCAUGGUAGUGCAGCCUCACUACUGUCUGGAGGAAGCUCACUGUAUGGAACUUCAGAAGAGAGACAAGCUCACGAAAUACGUCGACUGAAACGAGAACUUAUGGAAGCUAGAGAACAAGUUCUGAGCCUUAGCAGUCAGUUAUCAACAAAUGCUCAUGUGGUAAAUGCAUUUGAGCAGUCACUAUCCAAUAUGACGUCACGGCUGCAGCACUUGACAGCCACAGCAGAACGCAAAGACGGUGAAUUAACAGAUAUGAGGCAAACAAUUGAACUUUUACGCAAACAGUCGAUACAGGCUGGCCUAACAACUGCUCACAUGCAGAGCAUGGGAGUUCAAACACAAAGUCAAACUCAAAACGACUUACUUAGCCAGAAGCCACCACCACUGCCAACUUCAAUUCCCGGUCAGCAUAUUUCACGAGCAACUCAGCACAAUUUACAACAACAAUCAAGCUCUUAUGGUCAAACGGGUGCCAUACAAAGACAUCACAGUUCAGAUUCCAUGUGUUCUGUCAAUUCCAUUGGCUCGUCGUGUUCCACACAGGACAAGAAACAAAAGAAAAAGGGUUGGCUUAGAAGUUCUUUUACAAAAGCUUUUUCACGCAAUGCAAAAAUAUCGAAAACUAGUCGACACGGUAUAAACAUUCAUGGUCAACAAAAUACCAGUCAUACAAAUUCCAAUGACAAUUCUAUCGCAGCUAUAACCGGCUUGAAUAAAACAAACGGACAUAUGCAGGCAGAUACUCAAGGUCUCUCAGCUUUAGCUACACAACAAUCUCCUCCGUUGCCUACAUCCCCAACAAAUGCGUGUCCAACCAAAACUGUCACCCUGAUAGACAACGCUAAGCCUAUAGAUGCCAUUGAACAUGAGGACACUACUCACGUCGUGGAAGAUUUAAAGAAGCAACUUAGGGAGAAAGAUUUGGUUUUGACCGAUAUUCGUUUAGAAGCACUAAGUUCUGCCUCCCAGUUAGAGAUCCUUAAAGAAACGGUCAACAAAAUGAGAGCCGAAAUGAUGUCGCUCAAACAGAACAAUGAACGACUACAGAAAAUGGUCACCAGUCGUUCUUUGGCUGGAUCUGAGGCCUCUUUAGGAAAUGCAGUCAGUCCCAAUGGAUCUAUAGGUGAGUCUAGACGGUAUUCACUAGCAGAUGGCAAUACUCGACCUCCAAUGGAAUUGCCAAAACGUUUAGAAGAGGAAGCGGAGGAAGAUAAUACACCUCCAGCACCGGCACCAGAACCGCCACCACCUCCACUAUCACCAACCACUCAUAUUGAUCUUACACCACCACCACCUGCUCUAGAUACAAUACCUAGUCCUGCUCAUGUUCCCACUACCGCAGAAGAAAUGCCAGAUAUCAAUGAUGGCAAAAAAAUUGCCAUAGCCUGUUACCUUGGUCAGCCAGAAUCGUUUGCAAAGUACUGUGAAGAAAUGUUGGAGGUAGAUGACUUCUACGCCAACACAUCCAUGAUUGGAAGUAAUUUAGCCGAGAGUGGGGAACGUAAGUCUUUCCCUAUAACUACUCCUAACGAAUUUGUCAUCGCCUAUACAUAUAUAUCGGGCAAGACAUCAUGGCAAAAUCUAGACUACAUUGUGAGAAAGACCUUUAAGGAUUACGUAUCACGUGUUGAUCCAGGCACUAAUUUGGGCCUUAAUACAGAUUCCAUAACAUCGUAUCAUCUAGGAGAAGCCAAGCGAGGCCCUGAAAUGGGUUUUCCGGAAUUGUUGCCAUGUGGUUAUAUAGUGGGCAAUGUUAGGACUCUGUACAUAUGCCUUCAGGGAGUUGGAAGCUUAGCUUUCGACAGUCUCAUACCACGAAGUAUUGUUCACCGCUACAUAAGUCUAUUAACAGAGCACCGUCGAUUAAUUUUGUGUGGUCCUAGCGGAACCGGUAAGUCGUAUUUGGCCAGACGCUUGGCAGAGUUCUUGGUGGCUCGCUCGGGAAAGGGAAAUCCUUCAGAGGCUAUUGCUACAUUCAACGUGGACCAUAAAUCAUCGAAGGAACUGAGGCAGUAUUUAGGCCAUGUGGCGGAGCAGGCAGCUAUUGCGAACAGAGCAUCGGAGUUGCCCUCUGUAAUCAUCUUGGAUAAUUUACACCAUGCUUCGGCAUUGGGAGAUGUAUUCUCAUGCUUAUUAAGUGCAGGACCAGCUGCCAAGCUGCCAUGCAUAAUUGGCACAAUGUCUCAAGCUACAUGUAAUACAACUAACUUGCAGCUUCAUCAUAACUUCCGAUGGGUUUUGACGGCAAAUCACAUGGAACCAGUAAAAGGUUUUUUGGGACGGUUUUUACGACGCCGCUUAUUUCAAUUGGAAUUGCAAACCCAACAUCCGCAGCCCGAGCUGGCGGCUGUUCUAGCCUGGCUACCCACAGUUUGGCAGCACAUUAAUCGCUUUUUAGAAGCACACAGUUCUAGUGAUGUAACCAUUGGCCCACGUUUAUUUUUGGGAUGUCCCUUGGACUUGAAGGAGUCUCAAGUUUGGUUCACCGAUAUUUGGAACUACCAUCUGUCGCCUUACUUAAUAGAAGCAGUCAGGGAAGGUGUGCAACUUUAUGGGCGCCGCGGUGGAGCUUGGAAUGAUCCCUCAGCUUUUAUACGUAAUUCUUAUCCCUGGCCUUACGGACCGGAUUCUGUGCCUCCCCUAAGGCAAAUUAAUGCCGAAGACGUUGGUUUAGAGGGUGUAGCAGCCAAUAGUUGCGACAAUCAAGACCCAUUAUUGAAUAUGUUAAUGCGUCUACAGGAAGCGGCUAACUAUUCUGAAAAUCAAGACCAGGAGUCGGACUGCGCUAGCCUAGACUCCAACAUAACACCCGAUAGUUCAGCUGGAGCUGAGUGAGACCAUUUUUAAAAUAUGAUUGAUGAUAUUGCAGUCAAGACAAUUUCCAAAAAUAAAAUGUUGAUGAGGCCAUUUACGUAGUUGAAAUACAUCAAUCGACUUUAUUCAGUCAUAAUAUUAAAUAAGAUACGACGUGCAUACAGAACUUAUACAGCUUCCUCCCAAAGUUCGUUUCAUACUCAUAUAUGUGUACAUACAUAAGAUGCCAGUAACCAAUAUCUUAAUAUGUCAGUUUUACAAAAGCAUUCGAAAUAAGCUUCUUAUAACUUUUGUUUUUUACCACAUUUUUUACGAAAACUAAGAAAUUCAAGACUUAUUAGGGAACGCCAAACUAUACAAACUUAUGUAUAUUUAAAUCAAUUUCACUACUAAAACAACUGGUAAAAAAUUCAAAAAAUUACAUUUCACAAUUUGUGCAUGCCAAACUACAUAAAACCCAAACACACAAAAGAUAUUUUCAAAUUUCAUAUCACUGGAAUCUGAACAUACCUAGAAACAUAUAACGUCUUCUGGCUACGAAUUUUUCAUUGUGUUUCGAAAGCUCUCCACAUUAACUAAAAGAUUGUCAAUCUCUUAAUCUCCUAGGUAUUUUUAUAUAUAAAUAUUUUUUUUUUUUUUUUGUUUUUUUGCAUUGAAUUUUCGAUAUGACAUCUUUUAUUUUUUGAAUCCUGAACUUUUAUUUUAUAUCCUGAAUUUUAUUAUUAUAAAAAUUUGAGGAUGAAUAUUUCCUUCUAUAUACAUACAAAAAAGCUCAGUAUGGUGGGUAGUAUGACCAAAUUAUUAAAAUAAAUGAGACCAUAUAAUAAACUUAAUCAAACAAACGGUAAAAUAGUUCAAUAUAAAUCCAUCAUAUUCACAUUUUUAAUGUUUGUUACUUAUGUUCAAUUUAUAGAAGCACAAACAUACGUACCUUCAAAUUGUUCUUUUUUAUUUUAACUUAAGCCGUUUUCAAAAUAACGAAGACUAUUGAAAAACAUAACAAACCUGUUCACCACGUUGGUGCUUUUUGUACGUCGUUAUUUUCAUUUAGCAACAUAUUACAUUAAUGGGAUAUUCAAUGCGAACAAUGACUUACACUGCUUUCUAUAAAUAGAUAUUCCACAAUAGAAAGCAGUUGUUUAAGCAAGCACAGCCUCUAAACAUGUACAAGAUUACAAAAUUGCACUUUUUAGCUGCACUUGUUAAGAAUGCAAAUUUUUCGAAAAUCACAUAGCACUAUAGUUGAAUAGACACAUUCAAUCUAUGAAAUUUGAAAAUAUCUGUUGGGAUUUACAGCGUUUUUAAAACAUACCUAUAAAUACAAACAUGUGACUAAUGCUAGAAUAGGAAAUCAAAUGUAAUAGCUGUAAUAUUAUAAUAUUUGCUUCAUCUUCUUUAUAGGCAAUAUAAAAAUAAACCCCCUUAUCACAAUACGACCAUUGUCGUUGUCCGAUAAUGUAUAAAAUGUAAAUAAUAUAAUACUUAUAAGCCAAAUAAAUAUUCUAAUACAGUAAUAUUUUCUAAUAAUAUACCAAAAUAUGCAUUAAAAUUAUAAACUGCUUAAUAACAUCAGAGAAAGGACAUCUGGACUGUACCCGAAUAAAAUAGCCAAAAAUAAAAUAACCUGUUUUGUGUUCUAUGAUUUGUAUUUGAACUUUAUUAAAGGUAUUUACCUUAACAUAAAUACAUGUAUUGUUUUUAAUAUAGUUAGUUAUGUUCUUGAGCUAAUUUUACUCCCGGUUGCUUGAAGUUGCUUAAUAAAAAAUAUAUAUUUCACAAAACUAAGGGAUGUUAGAAAUUUCCUAAAACAAAUAAUCACUUUUUAAAUCACAAUUAUGCAUUUUAUCUUUAUACUUGCACGAAUACAAAUCAUAGCACAUAAAUAUGUAACUUCAAAGUCGAAUUUUGACUAUAGGAAGUGUAAACAUGCCAUAAAACUUGUUAUUCUACACAUUAUGUUUAAUUGUUUAUAUGCAGUUGAUUCUAUUUAUGUAAGCGUUUAUGCCAAAAAAAUCCAAAUGAUACCCUUUGUGAGUCACUAUUAUUCAUCAUUUUCUUAAAUAACUUAAAUGCAUCUACUCGAUAUUAAUUGUUUCACUGUCAAGAUAAUCGUCAUGAACCGAAAGAAACUAGGCAACCUAUUAAAUGAUUCCGAAUGAUGGAGUGGUGAAAAUAUUUAGGUUUUGAGUUGAGUUUCGUAAUGUUGUGACUUCAAAACAUCAUACAUCCCUUGUAGGCCUUGGAAUGAAAUCGAAUCUCCUGCAUAUCAUAUUAAACAAGGUAGGAUACUGAGUACGAUAUCAUCUAAUAAUAUAUUGAAAAAUUUAUUUGUAAUCAAACGAAAACAAGUUGUAGAAUGUAUUGAAAUGUAAAAUCAAAAUAAUUUGUAACGUAAACUUAUAUAACAAAACCAAACCACCAAAUAACUACUAAAAUAAUAAAAAUGAACAAUUUUUCCAACUGA